CAUGGAACAAAAAAGAUUACGGGCUGUGUAAUAGUGUGUUUUUAUUUUAAAACGAGACCCGAUAGACUAGUCACUAGUGUUACUUUUCUUUUUAUACAGCAGAAACGACCCCAACAAACAACCUCAUAUGGAUAAGCUUGACCCUGAAGAGAGGCUAAAAAUUUCAAAGUUACAGAGUGAGAAAAGAGAGGCAACAACAGGAAUAGGAUGGAUGUACAAAGAGGAUAAGCCAGAUUCUGAGGAAUAUUUACUGGGAAAACGUAUUGACAAGCAUGUGGAAGGAGAGCAGGAUAAAAAAGAAGAUGAAGCCAGUGUUAUUUUUGGCGAGAGAAUCAAGGCCAAUAUUGCGUUGGAUGUUGCAGCAAAGAUGAGGGAAGAUCCAUUGUUUGCCAUAAGGAGGAAAGAGGAAGACUCUAGAAAAAAACUGCUAGAAAAUCCAAUAAAAAUGAAAGAACUUCAAAAAUUGAUAGAUGAGCAACAAAAAAAGAAGGACAAGAAGAUGAAGAAAAAGUCAAAAAAGAAAAGGAAGCACAAAAAGGCUGCUAAAAAUAGUGAUGACAGCGAUGGCAGUGACGACGAGUUAGUGAAAAAGUACCUUUCUAUUUUAACAUCAAAGCAGGAGGCACCAGAUCAAGGGCCAGGUAAAAAGCCAAUGAAGAAAAAAAAUAAGAAAGAUGAUGAUAGUGAAGAGGAAAGUGAAGAAGAAGUAAAUAAACAGCGUAGUCGACAUAAGGUUAGAGAUACAGAGAAGACUGGUUUUGGAAAGAGUGAAAGGGAGCAGAGAGAUAAAAUGGAUAGAGAUAGGAGGGAGAGAAAAGAGGACUCUAGAGUUCAGGGUCGAGACAGGGCAAGGGAGAGGUCCAAUGAUACAAGUCCAAAAAGACAGAACUAUCGAGAUAGAUCUCAAAGAAGUAGAAGUCCUGAUAGGUCUAGGUCUCAAAGAAGCAGAAGUGCAGACAGGUCUAGGUCCCAAAGAAGUAGAAGUCCUGAUAGGUCUAGGUCUCAAAGAAGCAGAAGUGCAGACAGGUCUAGGUCCCAAAGAAGUAGAAGUCCUGAUAGGUCUAGGUCUCAAAGAAGUAGAAGUGCAGACAGGUCUAGGUCCCAAAGAAGUAGAAGUCCUGAUAGGUCUAGGUCUCAAAGAACCCCAAGUCCUGAUCAGUCAUAUGACACUAGAAAAGGAAACGGUCCACGGAACAGUCAAAGACAAGAGGGCAGACAGGGUAGGGGGAAGGAGGCCCAAAAAAAGUCACGAAGAAGUAGAAGCAGCAGUGAGGAGAAACAACAGCCUAAGAGAAUUUCAGCUGAAAAUGGUCGAAAGAAUUCUAGAGAGAAGUAUUGUAAACAAUCUUCAUCUCCUGUUGAACAGAACAGAAGUAGAGGCAAAGACAAGCUCAAGGUAGUUGAACACAAGAAAAGAAAUUCAUCAUCUAGUAGCUCUAGUGAGGAGAGGGCACAAAGUAGAAAAAAACCCAAACAAAAAAGCAAAAAACGUCAAAGUUCUUCGUCAGAUUCUUCCUCUUCUAGUGAAGAAGGGAACAAAAAGGAUUCCCCAUUGGUAACAGGCAGGCAGUAUGGCCUUAUAAUCUCAGGCUCAAGCCAGUCACUAUCAAGAAAAACAAAACGAUCAUCAUCGACUUCAUCUUCGUCUUCCUCAUCAUCAUCACCAUCUAGACAUAGAAAACUUGCACCGGCAGCAAAACCUAAACCAGUCAAACGAGUGCCUUCUCCACCAAAAAGAAAGUUGACUGAAGAGGAGAAAAAACAAAGGUUAGAGGAGAUGAUGCACAAUGCUGAAUGGAGAGAAGAGCAGAGGGGGGUUAAUGUCAAGAGAUACAAAGAAGAGGAGAUGGAGAGAGAGAAAAAAGACAAAGAGAGGCAAGGAGGUGGUUUCCUCAGUUCAAUGAUGGUGAACCAUGCCUCAUCCAGCUCAGUGGAAGACAGACUGAAGAGAAACAAAUACAACAUCCAGAGGACCAGAGUGGAAUUAGAUAAAAAUUUUACCAAGAAAUGAUAAAACAUGCUGAGUGAUGAAUGUAAUUGAGUGUGAUAAUAACUGAUGAAUGUAAGAGGAGAGGACUCAACAUUAAAAUCAGCUGUAACAAUGAAAUGUUAUGUAUAAUUAUUGCUAUAUGACUUCUAAUUUUUACCAAUAUUAUGAAUUGUAAUUCUGUAAUUAAUGAACCACCUUGUAGUUAGAUGUGUGCAUCUGUAACUGUAAUGCAACUUUUCAGUAUUGAAAUUGUAAUAGUUAAUUGGAUCAGUCACUAACUUAUCUUGCAUGUAGUAUGUAGUAACAGCUUAUUUGUCUCCUGUGCAAGUUAUUUGCAGGUAAAGAGGAAGAUUAAAUUCCUAUUCCUACCUUGUUUGAAAUUCAUAAAUGCUAUUUCAUUAGCAAUCUCUUGAAGUUAAAGCAGAUUACUGUUUUUUUUUGUGAAAAAAUGACUUAAGUAGACAGGCAGUGUAUUAUCUAGAUAAGUAUUAAUGAUAUAAAAGUUUUAUUUUACAUGUUUUAAAUAAAUUCCCAAGCUUUGUAUUAAAAUAGAUUAUGGUUGUAAAUUAUUGUGAAUAAACAUAAAUGUAACAUAAAUAAUAGUUUUAAAUUUUCUCCAUACUUUGUAUACAUGUAGAUUUUUAUUCUCCUUUUGUUUUGUAAAACUAUUUACUGAAUCAAAAAUGAAUAUUGUAGUUGCAGUAGUGUGAAUAUAGCCUUUUUAUGUAACAAAUUGCAGUUAUAUAAACUUUAAGGGAACUUAUACAUAACAGUAUGGUGAAUUAAUUAAUAGUUUAUGUGUCUGCUUCAUUGUUUGUAGGCUUGGCUAGCUAGCAGAAUGUUAUCAUCCUGGACUGUGCAACUCAUUGGGAGUUUAAAAGGUAUUAAUUUAAAGAGGUGUACAUAUUUUUAAGAACCUUAAUUAAAUGAAAACAGCUGU